AAUUGUUGGGUGGGACAAGCGGAAGCAGUGUCUUGCACCACUGACAUUUUUCUGAGGAAGAUUUACAAAAUAACUGUUCAAAAUGCCGGCGUACCACUCCAGCCUGAUGGAUUCUGACACACAGUUAGUUGGAAACAUGGCUAUGCUACCCAUUAAAUCCCAGUUCAAGGGCCCUGCUUCAGACAAGACCAAAGAUACAGACAUCAUUGAAGAGGCCAUCUAUUACUUCAAAGCCAACGUAUUCUUCAAGAACUAUGAAAUCAAGAACGAGGCAGACAGGACACUGAUCUACGUCACCCUGUACAUAUCCGAAUGCUUAAAGAAGCUGCAGAAGUGCAGCUCUAAAGGGCAGGGACAGAAGGAGAUGUACACUCUGGGCAUCACUAACUUCCCCAUCCCAGGAGAACCUGGCUUUCCCCUCAAUGCCAUGUAUGCCAAACCCAGCAGCAAACAGGAAGGGGAGACCAUGAGGGCAUACCUGCAGCAGAUCCGGCAGGAGACCGGACUGAGGCUAUGCGAACGUGUGUUUGACCCCCAGACAGACAAACCCAGCAAGUGGUGGGUGUGCUUUGUAAAGAAACAGUUCAUGAACAAAAGCCUGUCAGCUCCUGGACAGUAGACCACCCAGGACCACCAGUGGUUAUCCGGAUCUUGAUUUUUAUACUGAAUAAUGCAACAAUUGCAAAGACAUACCAUUGUGAUUUCAUUUAUCAUGUUAAGCUGGUGCUUGAUUCAAUAAAACUAUUAAAACAUUCGAGUAAAA